CUGAGACAACACAAUUAGCAUGAUUAACACAGGCCUCUGGGCCUUCGGUCUUCUCCAAUGUGGGUCUGCUGUCCAGCUGAAGGUCAUGGCGCGGUGUGUGACUACUAUGUCUUGCGCGCUAAAAAUGGUAUCUCCCAAAUCCCUCGGUCUCAUAGUUAUCGGUGACGAAAUACUGAAUGGAAAAGCAAAAGAUUCCAAUUCACGACAAGUAUGCCUCACUGCCCCGCUUUUUGGUGUACGACUUCGGAAGAUUUCUGUUAUUCCCGAUGACUCAGAUGCUAUUGCAGAGGAAGUUCGCAACUAUAUGAACCGUUACGACUAUGUAAUAACAUCGGGGGGUAUAGGUUCUACUCACGAUGAUGUGACAUAUGAAGGUGUUGCAAAGGCACUAAAUGAAAAGAUUAUCAUUCAUCCAAAGUUCUUACAAACCCUCAGGAGACUAUCAGAACCGAAUAUGAUUUCCUCUUCAGACCCCAUAACCAAACUUGCCAAAAUACCGGAGUCAUCUGAAUUACUAUAUGCAACAGGAAUCCAGAUGGAUAAUGAAAGCUCUUAUCCUAUUGUCAAAGUGAAAAAUAUCUUCAUUUUACCAGGAGUUCCAUGCUUAUUUAAUAUGGCACUAGAGAUAAUUAAGGUAAGUUUGGUUCUGUUUUAUAAAUUUAUUUUGAACGCACUAGACUCUCUCGAACCUAAAGAAAAGCCAGAUCUACGUAUAAUAUAGGCUGCAGCUCUCACACCGGACUGCAGCGACGUGAUCAUUGGCUUACCACGUAUAUAAUCUGCAAUAAAUCCGGCGGCAAAGGAAUCACCAGCUCCAUUUGUAUCUACCAUUUCUUCGUCUUUCAACUGCUCUACAACAUAUUGAUGAACGGUAGGGUCAGUAGAAUCCGUAUAUAUUAUGGGAUCUUUCCCUUGUGUUACAAUGACCAAUCGUUUACGCUUUUUUCCAUCAACAAAUGGUAAGUCAGCUAUAUACCUGGCUGCUGCAUGAAUGGUUUUAUCAGUAAGACUGUGAGCAUCUCCAAACGCCGCGGCUUCAGACUCAUUCCCAAUUACCACUCCUGAGUAGGAUAUCAUUUCAUUUACUUCUUUAGUAUUAAACUGAGGUAGGAAAGCAGCACUGAGAUUGAAUCAGAACAACUUUCCGUUUUCUACAGUCGAGCUUAAGGCUGUACUAUAAAUUAGCGCUAUUAAUGUGUGGUUCUGUUAUUAUUCAAUAUUCGUAGACCUAAUUCUGACAAGAAGGGAAAGCGCGUAGUUGAUUGGAGUGUGAGAGACCUCUAAAACGGACUAUCUUUAAUCGCGUAUUACAUUUGUGCGUGAUUAUUAUCCUGUUAACAUUGUGUAUUCAAGCAUGUUUUUAAAGAAGGUAUUCUAACGGAUUACUCUCGUCUUUUGAUAUCACUUUAAUUGGGGACGGAUACAUCAGCAAUUCAAUCUUGUGAGUAGCUAUCACUCGGCUAAACUGUAUCACAAAUGCAAAAGUCGCUCCGAGUCUGGUAUGCAUCACCGCCUGAACUAAUGAUGGUGAGUGAAGUAGUUGAGUGUGUCGA